GGCUGAAUGUCGUGAACAGGCGCUGUAUUGGGCACAGUCUCCCUGCUCUCCACUGAUAACUGGAUGGAUGUGUUACUCAGAGGUGCUUGUCUGAGCUGUUGCGGUGGAAUAAGACUGCAAGAUAGGAACCGAGGACUUAUCAACUAAACAAAACAGGAUGUAACUAACCGCGGAGCUGAAAAUGUCAAGUGGAACAAAAGAGACUUCUUGUUGUUAUUCGCCUCCGUGCUCGAGUCUCAGCGGACUGAACUAACCAGCAGCUAAACCGGCUAACGUUAGCUGAGUUAACGGUAGCCACAUCACGGUUUCAAGCAUCCUUGCUUGCCUGUUUGGUGAGUGGAUCUCAUUGAUAUUUGCUCGCCAUGGCAGCUGUGGUUAGCUACUCUCCACCAUGGUGGGUGAACCUCCUCCACAGACUUCCCCAUUUCAACUUCAUGUUCGAGCAAACAAGCAGUGAUUUCCGACCAGAGGACUGGACAUAUCAACAGUCUAUCCUGUUACUGGGAGGUGUGGCGCUCGCCUGUCUGGCCUUGGACCUCCUGUUCCUGCUCUUCUAUUCCAUUUGUCUGUGCUGCCGGCGGAACAAAAAUGAGGACCAGCCCAACGCUGACUGCUGCUGCACGGCCUGGUGUGUCAUCAUUGCAACACUCGUCUGCAGCGCUGGCAUUGCCGUCGGUUUCUAUGGGAACGGCGAGACUUGUGAUGGAGUGAAUCGGCUGACGUAUUCCCUUCGCCAUGCUAACCGUACAAUCACUGGGGUGGAGAAGCUGGUAUAUGACAGUACAUCCUCACUGAACCAGACGGUAGAGAACAAUCUGCAACAGCUUGAGGCCCAGUAUGCACAGCACGCGGACUACCUGUCCAUCAUCCAAAAGCUGCAGGGCCAGCUGGACGAGCUGGUCAGGCAGAUGGUGGAGAUCCCCUUCUGGGACAACACCAACAUCUCCCUAGAGGAGCUGGCCAUCAAGAUUGAGCUGUAUGACUGGUACAGGUGGCUGGGCUACAUAGGCCUGCUACUGUUCGAUGUCCUCAUCUGCCUUCUGGUGCUGUUUGGCCUCAUUCGCAACUCCAAGGGAACGCUUAUAGGGGUGUGCUUGUUUGGUGUAGUGGCUCUGGUAAUCAGCUGGGUCUCCCUGGGGCUGGAGUUGGCCGUCUCUGCGACUUCCAGUGACUUCUGUGUUGCUCCUGACACGUAUGUCACCAAAGUGGCAGACCAGUAUGGAGUCAUCAGCCAAGAUAUCUUGCAGCACUACCUUAGUUGCAGUUUGGAACAAACGAACCCCUUCCAGCAGAAGCUCUCCGGGAGCCACAAAGCGUUAGUGGAGAUGCAGGAUGACGUGUCUGAACUGCUGCGCUCUGCCACCAGAGAGUACAAACAAACUCAGGGAAGUUUAGAGGAGAUCCAGGGGAUACUGAACACCACAGAGAUCAGUCUACAUCAGCUCACUGCCCUGGUGGACUGUCGCAGCCUGCACAUGGACUUUGUUCAGGCCAUGACGGGACUGUGCUAUGACGGACUGGAAGGCCUCAUCUACCUCGUGCUCUUCUCCUUCAUCACUGCUCUCAUGUUCAGCUCCAUUGUUUGCAGCGUGCCUCACACCUGGCAGAACAAGAGUAACGACGACGACAGUGAGGAUGAAUCUCUGAGCCACGGGGGAAGGCAAAACCAUGAUAAUCUGUACCGAGUCCACAUGCCCAGCCUGUACAGCUGUGGCAGCAGCUACGGCAGCGAGACCUCCAUCCCUGCAGCAGCCCACACCGUCAGCAACGCACCUGUCACAGAGUACAUGGCUCAGAACGCCAACUUCCCAAACUCUCGCUGCGAAAACACGCCUCUGAUAGGACGAGAGUCUCCUCCGCCCUCGUACACCUCCAGCAUGCGGGCAAAGUACCUGGCCAACAGCCGACCAGAUCCAAACAACCCUCCUCCAGCACACUAGACAACACUGGACUCGUCGUGUCUGCAGCGCUGACGUCUCUGAAGUCUCAUCCAGUCAGUUAUUAUUUCUCAUAACCUGUCAGUCACUCCUCCUUCUGCUUUCCUUCACCAUCGCAUUUGACUUAAAAUGGAAAACCAAAUGUGCUUUUUAUUAGUUGGUUGAAGCAAAACUUGAGGAAUCCUGCAAAUCCAAGUGCACAUUUUCUCCAUUUUCCAUAAUCCUCUGCCGAUGUUUAUUAUUGCAAGAAGCGUCAUCUGUGACGGGAAUUCAUCUGCAACUGGACUUACUUUUACACUCCGACUUAUUAUUUCUCUGAAUGCACCGCAGCAUGUACGGUGUCACAUUGAAUUGACGUCUAACAAGACAUUGCAGUGUUGAGGACUCUGGAAGUGCUCAUCGACUAACACUGAUUACUACUGGUUGUUGUUUUUGUUUAAAGUACAGCACCGCACUCUCUCAAUGGGAGAAUUAAGAGAACUGCCUUACACAGAAGUACGGGAGGAACCAUCUCUUUUCUUUCUACCUGAAGUGUCGACAUUUCGUCUCACAUAACGCACGCAGCGUAAAUCAAACUGUCGUAGAGUAGAUUCAUUUCAAAGUGCAACAUCCCUUUUUUCUGCUUGUGAAACUAAAAAUGCAACAAGACAUGCAUUAUUCUCCAGCUGAGGUCGCCAUACUGUAUAUCACACAUGCACAUCGGCUUGUUUUUGAACUCUGUGUUGAAUCCGAUGUCUGGGACCAGUUUUCCUGCAGUAUUGCACGUCUUACAGGUCUGAUUUUUUGACACUGUUUUUUUCCUGUGGCAUUUAAAAAAAAAAAAAAAAAAACAUUGACGAGCCACUAUUCUACAGCACAGACUGUAAACUUGUGAAGCUGUGAACUUGAUGCUCUCAGAGGAUUUGAUGAGGACAAAGAUGGUGAUGGAAAUACAAGAAGAGUCUCAGCAGGAAAAAAAGAAAAAAAAAUGAGUGCAACCGUAACAAGUUUGACAAAGACGAGAUGUUUUUAUACUACUGGAAACAGAAACUUUUUUUUGUCCUUUGAAAACAAAGACGAUAAAGCAAAGGAGGACAGAGUAGUGUGUGAUGUCUUUGGCAACACUCCAGACUUUUUUUUUUUUUUUUUUUUUUUUUAGAUCAUUUGCCUCUUCACCGGACUGCUUGUUAUUCCCUCCAUGUUCCUGUUGGGUUUUAAAGCCUCAUCUCUCUUAACAGAACUGGGGAUUGUCCACACACAUCCUUCACUCUAUCAGGCAGCGGUUCCCAGUCAGAAACUCCUCUCACAAGAAUCUCGACGCAAGUUUACGUGACAAAAUGGAGUUUCUCAAAAGAUUUCCAACAGAAACUUUAUGCGUAGGCGAUGCUGUGUCUCACAAAUGUGUUUUAGCAUUUAUAACAAAGUAGAUCUGAGUGAGUGGAUGCUGUGAAGGGAUUGUGAUAAAUCUGCUCUCUGUAAUCUGGAUAUUGUCAAAGAAAACCUGCUGACUUCCUGUUGAAGCGUGACGAUCCUUCAAAUGCGGAGUGAGAUGUUGCUACUCUUAGAUGUGCUUUGUGACCAGUACAAGAGGUGAUUUUUUUUUUUUUUAACUGUGCCAACAUGUGAAGCACGACUCUUUUAUUAUCCGAUUAUCUUUUUAAAUGUCUUUACUUGAGGCUGCUUUGUAAAGUUGACCUCUCCUGGUUCUUGACUCUGUGCGAUCAAAUGAGAAAAUGAGCCUGACUUUUUUCAUUUACCCUCCGUAAAACAUUAUUACACCGAUGCAAUCUUUCUGUUUUUGGCUAGUAGUCAUAUUCUCUUUGUUGUUUGUAAUGCAAAGCAGUUGUACAGAUUAUAAACAUUUACAAAAUGAAAAAAAAAAGUGGUUGAAAUCGACAUUUCAUUUUUUAAUUUCUUUAAAAAAAUAGCUUAUUCCACAUUUUUUUCUAUUUGAUUUGCUUUUCAUUUUUUUAAAUUCAUUUUAGACUGUAGCAAGCACAAUGUGUUGCUUUGUUAAUGUGAAUACGGUAAAUAGAUUUUAAUUUUUCUUUGAGUUUUUUUCUGGAAAAAAAAUCACUGUAGAUGUCAUCUUUUUUUUCUUUUUUUAUACAUCAUUUUUGCAACGUCUAAAAUGUGUACAUGUAAAACCUGUGGUUAUAUUGAGUUUGAAUGCUGUGUUUUAAAAUUAAACAAACCAUAACUGUAA